AAAUAGUUUUUUGGCAGUUGCGUCCCCGGUGAAAUCGUGAGGGCAUGGUGAAGGCUGGUUACGAUUUAAUGGCACAUAGAUUGAAUAUCUUCAUUCAUCUGGCCAUGAUUUACUGAUUAUUUUUGGAAUUAGAGGUUUAGAGGUUUAUAAAAGGAUACUGUUGUGUGAUUAAUCCUGGUGGUUUCUAAAGACGGAGUCGACGUUAAGUAUCAGAAUGACAGCAAAAUUGGAAGCUUUUUCUUCAGACAACAUAUUGGAAUGCUCAGUGUGUCUUCAAACAUGUAUCUACCCAGUGGAAUUGCCUUGUCGUCAUAUCUUCUGUUUCUUGUGCGUGAAGGGUGCUGCCAACAGGAGCAAACGCUGUGCAUUGUGCCGUAAGGAGAUUCCUGUAGACUAUUUUAACCACCCAAGACUAGUAAAAAUUAGCAAGGAACUACAAGGUAAUGAAAAUGAGGAAACUGCACAUGUAGAAAAGUAUACAUGGUAUUACGAGGGCAGAAAUGGUUGGUGGCAGUAUGAUGAAAGGACAAAUGAAGAGUUAGAAAAAGGCUAUGCAGAAGAAAAAGAGUCUAUUGAAAUUCUCAUUGCUGGCUUCCUCUAUAUUAUUGACUUUGAAAAUAUGGUGCAAAUGCGUCGCAACGAUCCAACACGACAGAGAAUUAUUAAACGUGACUUGAUAUGUGCCCCUAAAAAGGGAGUUGCUGGUUUGAAGAUGCAAAAAACGGUAAAAGUUGAACAGAAACGUAGCUCCUGUGAUGGUGGGGAUGAUGGCGGCUCAGACACAACUCCAACGGUAAGCAAGUCGAACUCUGAUGUUUCAACAGAUCCCAUAUAUGCCAGCUCACUAGAAUUCACAAAUUCAGAUGGGGCACCAGAAUAUUCAACCAUCAGUAACCCUGCCAAUGAACUUAGUUCCCACACCUUCCACCCUGUUAGUACCAAUACACCUCAUAAUUAUGUCAACUCAGAUGGGGAUUAUCCACAACCAGACUGGGAUCAGUCAAGUUAUCAAACUAAUUCCAGUGGGUAUACUAGCAUGGUAUCAACUCGUAGUAGCAUGAGUGAAUCACUCUCAAGUGAUAAUCCUGAUUUACUGUAUGAGAACCUGAGAUCGGAAAUAGCAGGAUCAGCCCCACAGAACAAUAUUGCACAGCUUGCCAACCCUGAUGCUUCAUCUACCAAUACUAGUCAACCCAGCAGAAAGAUCUCUAGGAAUGCUAAAAAGAGAUCAGGACGUAUGUUUAGCAAUGAUGAACAAGUGGAACUGCCAACACCCUCAGUUUACGACUCUGUUAAAAUGGCGCCGGCAAGCUACUUAAAUGACAGAAAAGCCGAGCCUUUGCCUACCCCCAUGAAUUUUGUUGGACAAAUGAGUGGGUUGAAUAUUAAUGACAAUCCUCGAAGGCAAUCGGCCAGACAAAUGACCAGAGCUCGGGCAGCUGUGCCAGAAUUAAUUCCUCCACCACUGCCAAAGAGAACAAAUUCACUUACUUCCACAAACCCCCAGAAGGUACAGGAAGAUGGAACUGAGAGUACGCACGGGCCUGGUCGAGCUGUAAGACAAAACCAGAGGAAAGACUCUAAACCAAAUGUAACACAUGUGUAAUCGAACACAUUCAAAACAAUGGCAUAAUUUUUUUUUUUUUUUUUUUUUUUUUUUUUUUUUUUUGUGACGUAGUCCCUCAUUUUGUCAUCUAAAGUAUUUGGAAUUAAAAGAGAAGAGGGAUAUACAGCAAUGACAAUAUCCAAGUUGAUUAUGUACCCAUUGUGGAUUUAAUGGUGGUAAAAAGAACCAGUAUCUGUAGUAAAUAGGAAUAGAAACAGCAUUUAUCACAAUGUGCAAUGGUAUGCAACAGUGGUAAUAGG